AUGUGUUCUCUCUUGUUUCUGAUUUCUUUCCAGGCUGUGGAGGUGCACAUACAGCCCCUGGCACAGCCACGCGAGUUCCUUUGUGCUGCGCUGGCUGGGAAGCUGUCCGACAGGGCCUGCGCCGUGGGCAGCUGCUGUGGACAGCAGGGCUUUGGCAGCCAAUUUCUGCAGUGCAGGUCCCUGGGUGAUCCCCAUUCUGGGAGUUAUGGGGAGGAGCCCAUCCCUGUGUCCCCAGGCGUGCUGUGGUCAAGCUCCCUCACCCCGGGGCGUGACGGCGGCGCCGCUUGCCCGCCCUCAGGGAGCCGCGCCGAACGGAGCCGAGCUCUGCCGAACGCACCAGCGGCUCCGAGUUCAGCCGAACCGAGCCGAGCUCUGCCGAACGGAGCCGAGGUCUGCCGAACGCACCAGCGGCUCCGAGUUCAGCCGAACCGAGCCGAGCUCAGCCGAACGGAGACAGCGACUCCGAGUUCAGCCGAACCGAGCCCAGUUCGGCCGAACCGAGCCGAAUCUAAGUGGAAACAAAGGUUACGGGUCAGGGGUGGUUUGUUAGCCAUCGAACCACGAACUGAUCUGGUGUGGGAUGCGACCCGGCUGCCCCCUCUCCAGCGGCCGUUCGGGACCGGGGCAGAGCUGGGAUCGCUUCUCAGCGGGAAUGAUCGGGGAGCAAACCCGGCCGCCACUGCGGGGGACACGGGUCCCGUUCCGGGAGCGGGCAGGGCCCGACAGGGACACAGGCGGCGGAGCGGCGCGGCGGGGCCCGGCCGUGAGCACCGGCAGGGGGCGCUCCCGCAGUACCGCUGUGCGUCCCGCAGGGGGCGCCGCGGCGGGAGCUGCCCCGAGGGGGCGGAGCGCUGGGGACGGGGCCCGCCCGGCGCAUGCGCCGUGCGCGCCCCGCAGCCUUUCCCGGGGGGCCGGCGUGGCCCCGGCGGGAGCUGCGGCUUGGCGGGGUCCCGGGAGAGACGGGCACGGUCACUGGGCUUAACGGGGAGAGCUUUGGGUGUGUGCGGCGGUGGACGAAGCGCUGCGGAGCUCGGCCCGGCAUGUCGGCAGCAGUCCAGCUGCGGGGAAGCUGCCGAGGAGGGAGCCCGGCGCUGCUCCCCAGAACGGGCCUCCCCCGCUGGGGUCUCGCAGAGGAUGGGGCAGUUGCAGCCCCCGCGUCAUUCCCGUGAGAUUCGGAAACAGCACGGGGACUGGCCGAGGGGCUCAGCCUGGGACACGGCCCCAACAGAAGCAGCCCUGGGCACGCUGGCACGGCAGGAUGAGCCCAGAGACAGAGGAGACGCUGCUGCACCUCGUGCCCAGGAGAGCCCCUGGCUCUCUCCUGCUCUGGGAUGGAACUGGGAGCCACCUCCCUGCAGAGAGCAGCACCUGGCCUGCCUUCCCUCCCCGAGGGAGCAGCCUGGGCUUGCUGCUGCUCACAGCUCCUGCUUAGGGACAUCCACGCCUGGAAUCCGGGCUGCACUAAUUGGGGAUCCAGCCACGAGACCUUGGUGCUGCAGGUGUUUCCCAGUCCAGCUUGCUGAACCUCCAGCUGUGGCGUGUUCUUCAGUCCAGCUCUGGAACUGAGAUGCUCCAGUUAAUGGCUGCUCCAGUUCCUUCCAGCUCUGGCUUAAUAACUGCUGCUUUUUGUUACUAGCCAAUUUAAAGCUCCAGCUAAUUGCAGUUUUCUGGGAUUUUGGCCAAGUUGUAAAUGACUUGCUGUCAUCAAUCACUUGUAACUAUUAACUGUCAUAAAGUUAUUGUUUAAAUGGAAGUCCUAACUGUUGUAGUGGUUGUACACAAUAAACAGCUGGAUGUGGAAAA